ACAAAAAUGGACAGUCAACAACACAUUGGACAGCAUACAGUUAACAGUUAAAAUUUUUAUUUUCUACUAACAAAAAAGUAAUAACAAUAAGAAUAACAAUGUUUCCAAAAAAUUUCUGGAUUUUCUUUUUCAUAACUUCAUUCGCUGAAAUCAAGGGGCGUUCAAUUGAAAACAAUAAUCCAAUGGUAGAAAAUUAUGAUUGUUAUCAAACUAGAUAUGAUACAAUCGAAUGUUUUCCGAAGGGUUCCAUAAAUUUUAUGGAAAAUAAAAUAAAUAACACAAAUUUAUUCGAUUUUGGAAUAAAUAAUAAUUACGAGAACGGAACAACUAUCAAUGAUGAUAUUAUAAGCACUACUAUCAAUAAUUUGGAUAAUAAUAAUAAAUCAUCUACAAUUAAUGAUAACAAUGCAGUACUUAAAAUCAAUAAUAGAAAUAAUAAUAGAAAUAACGUAAGAAUCACCCACAAUGGUGAAUCAGUAACUAUACAUAAUAAGGAUGGUAAUGAAAAUUUCAUUAUUAUUGAAAAAGAUAGUAAAAUUAUAACUAUUCAUAAUAAUAAUAAGAAUACUAAUGGAAUUACUAUCUAUGGUAGUAGUAAAUUAAUUAUUGUAUAUAACGGUGCUAAUAAUAGAAAUGCGUUUGUUAUUAAAGGUAACAAAGGUAGGAUUAUUUUUAAAAAUCGUGAUAAUAAUAAUGUUAAUACCGUUUAUAAAUAAAUAAUUAAAAUAUGAGUACUGAUAAGACCGAUUAUAAAAUCAAUGUUGAUAAUAAUGAUAAAAAUAACGAUAAUAAUUAUUCCUUAUCAAAAAAAUCCGUACAGGAAUCUAGCCUAGAUUCCUAUGUGGGUUUCCAUAUGGUUUCCCAUAGGAAAUCAGCAUCGAUCCCGACAUAAAUUCCUGUGUAGGUUUCCUACUUGGGAAUCCCGAAACCCACAAUUUCCUAUGUGGAUUUUCCAUAUAGAAAUCCAAAUACCUAUGGUUUCCUACAUGGAUUCUUAUAUAAAUUCAUACACUCCUAUAUUGAUUUCUAUGGAUUCUCACAUAAAUCCAUACUUUCCUAUAUGGAUUCCCAUGCAAUCCCACAUGGAUUUUUUUGAAAGGGCUAUUAAUGAGUAUAAUAAUUUAAUAAUAUUUUAAUAGAUAAUAUAUGUACUUAAUAUCAGAUAUUGUAUUUGAUUAAUAAAUAAUUACAACAGAAACUA